UCGCAGCAAACACACCUCGGCCAUGUUUGUAUUCUGGUCGUGAAUGGAUAUCACUGCCGCAUAGGAGCCGUUCCCUUGCUAGUCCCACGUAUUGUGCCGUUAAAAUGGUGAAAUACUAACGAUUAAAUGCACACUCCAGUUUUGUAGGAAGACUCUAAGCGGGACGCGCCUUGCACCAUGUCAGCCAACGCUCAGGAUUUUGACUUUGAUGAAUUCGACAAACCUGGUGCUGAGCGGUCGCGCAGGAGGAGAGGCGAAGAUGACGAUCUAGAGAGUGAUUUGGAAGAGGAUUUGUUGGGAGAGGACUGGCUGUCAGGUAAAAAGAAUCCCUCAGAAGGGUCAGAUGAAGAGCUGAAUGAUGACCUUCUACAAAGUGACGAUGAAGAUGUAAAUAUGAGCGGUCAGAAUGUGAGCCUCAAUGCCACAUACAGCUUGGGCACAUCCUAUGACCAGCAGGACAACUUGCAGGAAGCAGACUACACAGAUGACGUUGUGAACCUGGGCGCAGAGGGCUGUGAAGAAGGGGAUGGAGGGGAGGAGGGGUACCAGGGAGGGGAGUACACGCAGGAAUACAGCCAAGACGGCAACUCAGAGAUGCCUGAAGACCAAAUGGAUUACACUGGAGAGGUAGCUGAGGGUGACGAUGGCUACCAGGAUGAAGUGUUAGACAUCCAAAUCAAUGAGCCCAUAGAUGGUGAAUUUCAAGAUGAUGAGUACCAAACCUCCUAUGUUGAUGGGCGUCUGGGUGAACAUGGAGUCCAACAGGAGGCAGUCCCUGAGGAGGAGCAGGAGGAGGAAGGGGGAGAAGAGCAGCAGGAAGAGGAGGAGGAAGACACAGCCAAGGGCUUUGACACAGAGGAGGUUGAAAAUGAAGCCAUGCCUGAAGAAGAAACAAAGGAGGAAUCAGACGAGGAGGACGAGGAAGAUGAAGAGUCUGGCCGUUUACGGUUCAAAUCUGAAAGAAAGGACGGCGCUGUUGUGCGGUUGGCUAACGCAGGCUGUAGCAGGAGGGAUAUCCCUGAAACACUCGAACUGUCAGAGGAGGCUAAGCAAGUUCUGAUGGCAUUUGAGGAACAAGAACGGCAAAAGAAACAAAACCGAUACGGAGGCCGAGGCAUGCGAGGAGGAAUGCGAGGCGGCAGAGGAAGAGGAGGCUUCCCACCCUAUGGAAUGGGAGAUUUUAGAGGAGGAUACAGAGGAAGAAUGAAUGACCAGAGGCUCCCCCUGAUGGGAAACAUGGGCAUGCAGCAGCCAUCCUCCCGAAUGCCUCUUCCUCAUCAGCCUCAUCAGCAGCAAAUGCACUCCCAGCAGCACCACCCUUCACGUCCAAGAGGACCUCCUCCCUUCCAAGACCACGGGCGCCCGCUGGUCCAGCAGCCCCUUCAGCCCCUCAUCCCCCCGCACAUGGCUCACCGCUCCCCGCCGUUGAGGCCCCAGAUGGAGCCGCCACCACGAAUGAUGAGCUCCCCGCCACCUAAUUUCCCUCAGCAUCACCAGCAGCAGCCUCCACAGCCCAAAAACAUCCACAUUAACCCCCAUUUCAGAGGGCCCACGUCAUCCUCUGUACAAGUGCCCUUGAUGCCUCCUGCUCAGAGCCAGCCCAGACCUGCUGUGGGUCCUCAGAGGUUCCCUGGACCGGGAGACUUCCAGCAGCACAUGUCUGGUAAUUUCGGUCAGCCCCAGCGGCCCCCUCAUCACAUGGAGCCCUUUAGGAACCAGCCACCUCAAGGCCCCCAAGACAGAGAGCCCCUCUUUAUGGGAGAGCACACAGAGUCAGCGAGGUUUCCAGGGCAGCACAUGUUUGAUCACCAGGGCCCCACUCCUCUGAUGAACAGCAGCCACAACCUCCAUCAGCAGCAGCAGAUGCCCGGCCAGGGCCAAAUGGGUUUCGGCCCCCCAGGACCAGCCUUCAACCAGCCGGGCCAGGGUCCGCUAGGACUUUUUCAGAGAGAACCCCCAAGACCCAACCUCCCUCCCCACCAAGGUCAUCAGGGGAUGGUCGGCUUGAAUCAACAAGGUGGGCCCCCCAACCAGCCCAGACCCUUCAUGGGCCCUCGGCAGCCGUUUGGCCAGCAAGGGAACCUUUUUCCCCCUCCACAAGUUCCGUUUGGGAUGCAGGUACGACUAAGAGGCUUAAUGCACGGCCCUCCUGUCAACCAACUUCCACAUCACGACAUGCCGCCCCAUCAGCCCAUGCACCAGCAGCAGCAACAUCAUAGGCAGGACUUACCCCAUCAUCAGCAGCAACAUCUAAAUGUCAGUGAGCCUCGCCCCAUGAUACACCAUGGACAGAAUCCCUUCCAUCAACAGCAGGCGCAUGGUAGCCCCAGGCAGAUGACGCCCCGCCCUCAGAACCCCCAACAGCGCAACAUGUCCAACAGGCAGAGGAUGAGCACACCUGUCUCCAAGCAAAUGCAACAGCGCAACAGCAACCUCCGGGAGCUCCCCGUAGCACCUGGCAACAUGAACAUGAACAGUGCCCGCCCCGCCGCCAACGUUAGGCCUGUUGCCAAGGCAACACAGGGGGCGCGUCCUGGGCAGAGCACUCAGCUGGUGCCUGACGGUGGCAGAGGAAGAGGCCAAGUUGCUGCCAAGAUCGAAUCACAGCCUGGAGAGGCAGGCAGGACAGUUGUUCGCAAAGAAAUCGCAAGCACACCCUCCAGCACGGCACCACAGGACCCCGAUGAGGAUGAAGAGACCCGGCAGUACCGUUUGAAGUUGGAAGAGCAGAAGCGCCUGAGAGAGGAGAUCCUGAAGAGAAAGGAGAUGCGACGGCAGAUGCAGGCUGGCGUCAGAAAGAAGGAGCUACUGGACAGACUCAACGCCCAGACACCGGGCCAAGGCCAAGCUCCUCCACAGAUUCAACCUUCACAACAAAAUCAGCAAAUGCCACACCCUGUCCAGCAACAACAACCACCACCACCACUACAACCACAGCAGCAACGACAGGAACAAAAACAGCCGCUGCAGCCACAGCCACAGCCACAGCAGCAGAGACAGUUGCCCCAGAGAGCACAACAAUCAUUAAAUCAAUCAUUAAACAAUCCUAAUCAGGCCACCCCCAUCCCUCCCAACGGCAGUCCUCAGAUCCCUACACCACGUCCCAAUGUCAAGACACGCCUGCAGAUGGUAAAAGGUAGCACUCAGCUGCAACAGACCCCUGGGCCUGGUCCAAACCAGCAGUGGAAACCACCACUUCAACAAAAUAGGCAGCAGUUGCAACAACAACAACAACAACAACAGCGAAGGAACAGUGCUGGGCAGACCUUAAACAGACCUGGUUCUCUGAUCCAGCCUGAUCAGGGCCCCCCAAAGAACAUACCUGUAACCCCGUCUGUGGGCCCUGGCCAGGCUCAGGCUCAGACUCAAGGACCUAAACUUGGGGCUAAAAGAACUGUGAUGCAGCGGGCCAAGAAUCCUAGUUUCGAAGGGCAGGUGCCACAAAAAGUCAGAGUCGUCAAACUUUCAGGAGCGAGUGGAAAGGGGCCAGUGCCAGCCAGCAGCCCAGUGCAGCAACAAGGCACCUGGCCGGCAACGCCGCUCAACCAAAGGAAGGUUACCAUGACAGGGCAGCAGCAACAGGGACCAGGCGGAACACCACAGGCUGGCCGAGGGGUCAUGGGCAACCCGCAGCAAAACAGGGUUGUCGUGUCGGGCCGGGGCCGAGGUAGAGGGGGUGGUCCGAUGGGUCGAGGUCGUCCAGUGUCCACCAGACAGAGCCAAAGAGGAGCAGAGAGCGAACGAUGCACUGUGUCCAUAGAGGGCCUCUCCUCAUCCACAACUGACGUUCAGCUGCAGAAUCUUCUCAGGUCCAUCGGCCCCAUCGAGAUGUUCAAAAUGAUGCCCCAGCAAAGGAAAGCAAUCGCCAAAUUUUCCAGUCCCCAGCAUGCAGCGAGUUUUCAAAUGAGCUUCCACAGGUCACAAGCUGUCGUCAGCCUGGUUGCUAGCCCCCAAAGAAAACUUUAAAGACCAUGCCAAGGGUUUAGCAUGUUUCAGCAAUCAACAAAUUGGGUUAUGAGUGUGUUAUAAUUUACUACUGACUGCUUUGCAAAUUAUAACUACAACUUUUCCCAACUUAAAGUCAGCUGUUGGUUUUAGUUCAUGCAAGCACUUACUCAGUUUACUUAAAAUUGGCAGGCCACCUCAUGCAGCUAAUUGGCUUUCCUUUUUGUCAAAGUUAUGUUAUUGUUGCAUGAUAAUGUGGUUUAUAUUAUUGGUUCCUUGAUGUGUUUAGGUGCUUAUGAAAAGCUCCAACAUCUGAAAUUUGAGUUGGGUUGUUUAUAGUUUGUUCCUCUAAUGUAAGGAUUUAAGGUUAACUUUGGAAACCCUAGCGGAUCAUUUGAAACCGCUUGCUACUAGGGAUGGGCGAUAUUAUGGUAUAUUUAUCAUGCAACGAUAGAAAUGUGUCCACUGGUAGAACUUUGGCAAUACUGUGUCAACUAUGGGUGCUAUUCAUGGCAGGCUUUGUGGCAUAUCAGGGGCUGGACUGUUCUGUGUACUUGGGAUUAUCCCAUGAUCUUGCAAUCUAGCAAAUCUGUUAGCUUCAAAGGUAAUGUGAUUUGGACAGACAUGAAGGAGGAGAGCAAAGUUGUAAAUCCAGAAAACUGUAAGACUUAGAAUUAUUGUUCUCAAGAACCUUAAACCUCUUUUGAAAGAAAUUUGGUUUUGUUAAGGAGUGUUGUCUCAUGUGAGGCAGUUUUUUGUUUGUAUGGAAGUUCUAAAUAAAAGAAGAAAAUAAUGACAUGAUGAAGUACAGUAUGGUUAUUUUUCGACCAUUUAUCAUUACAUAUACUGCUACUGUGAUAGAAAACUACAUAUAUUGUGAUAGAAGGUUUUGGCCAUAUCGCCCACCCCUACUUGCUACUGUUUUGAAGACUGAUUUCUCAAAGGCUUUGCUGUCAUGCUGGUAUGAAAAAUAAUUCUUUUGCUGCAUGUUGUAUGGUGUUGUAUGACACAUCACCAAACUGAAAGUUCUUAAUCAGGUUUUAUAAGCUAAUUCCCCUUAAGUUGUGCUAAACAACAAAGAAGAUAAAGUAUGCCAUCUCCAGUUGUUGUCUUUAUUGAGUUCAAGUAAUAGCUGCACCUUGUUUUAUUUAAGUUUACGAUACACCAGGUGAAUAUUUUUUGUACCAGCAGACAGCACCUUUAAGUGUCUUUAUUUGCCUUGUAUUUAUCUUUGAGGAAAUCAGUUGCUUAAAAUUGUGAUUCUAAUGAAACCAUUAAAAGUCAAAGUAUCGAUUACAUGAGAGGAACAAACUGGUUGAGCAAAAGCAUCCAAAACUAUUGGCAUGGUCAAACACUGACUUGUGGUGCUCCUGGGUGAAUCACAGUGGGCUGUUUGAGGUUGUAGUUUGGUUUUGGGCGGCACUGUAGAGCACACAAUACCGUGAGCUCUAGUAUUAACACUAAUUUUUCAACAGCGUGCUGGUGAGAGGAGCCAUUGAUCGGCUUAAACCACGAUACUUCUAUGUCACUUUACGUGCUUUAACUCACUCACUUAACACUCACGGUUCCUUUACAGUGAUGCAGUGUCCGGCCUUGGAAGGAAGAUUUUACUUGAGCUAAUUUCCCUCACUAAAUAGAUGUCGCAUUCACUUGGUCUGCCACAUUUCCUUCCAUUACUGCUUUUCCUGCCACGGCUGUUCUUCCAACUUACAUGUAUUUGACAGUCACCCAUCUUUUCCUCGAUGCUGCUGCUGUUGUUGAACUUAAGACUUCUGUAUCAAGCAGGGUGGCCUACCUGGAUUACCAUUGUUUCUUUAGCCCAGUUGGAUGGAGGUUUCCAUCUCUGUGACGACAGCCGGGUUCACAGAGCAGACACGUAACUCUAAAGCCGCUUUAUGGCUUUCACUGCACCAAAGGUCAUCCCAGCUUCUUGACAUGCAUUGUUUGGUUGGAUUUUGAGAAAAAAAAGACACUACAGUGGUUUCCUCAUCCCGAACAGUACGGUGCACCAAAUAAUGACUGAAUGAAAAUCCAAUCUCGAGUUUUGGCUGAAACUGUUGACAAUCCAUCCUGUUGUGUGUUUUCACAAUUUGAUGUAUGACAUGAUGAAACAUAAUGUUCUGUGUUGGAAAGUUCCGAUAUCAAUCAUGUUUCAUGUUCUUAAGCUGUACACUGUGAUUUACUAAAGAAAUGUUUUCUAAAAAAGGGAAUAAUUCUUAAAGAGAUGGAAUGUGUUAAAAUUGAGAAGAAACUGGAGAAAAAUAAACUUUUUGAUAAACACA